CCCAGCGGCACCACGCCAAAGCCACGCCCCCAGCCCCCAGCCCCUCUGACGGGCCCCCAGGACCAGGCGUGUGAUCCUCGCGUUGGGGCUGGGCUCACAGCAGGCAGUCAACCCCGCAGCUACAGAGCGGUCUCUGCACUUAGACCUGGGUUCAUCCCAGUUCCGAAUCCAGGCUCGGCCACGUAUGGGCUGUGUCUUCACAGAUGAGCGACCUAACUUUCCUUAACAUCCGUUUCUUCAGUAGUAAAAAGAGAGAGGCCAGAAACAAAUGUUAGCUUCUCCGGGAGCCUCAUCUCCCGGCAGCCUGGCCCCAUCACAGCAUCAGCGCGGUUCCCUGCGCCUCAGUCCUCACGGCACCAGCCCAGCCCCGAUCCCGUGGUCCCUCCCACACCGCUGCAGCUCUGGCACUUCGGCUGCCUUCUCUCCAUCUCCUCCAGCUCUGCUACGGUUUGGUUCUGAAGCCCCUCCAUGAAUCCCCGGAAGAAGGUGGAUUUGAAGCUCAUCAUCAUCGGAGCCCUGGGUGUAGGGAAGACCUCCCUCCUCCACCGCUAUGUGCACAAGACGUUUUAUGAGGAUUACCAGACCACGCUGGGGGCCAGUAUCCUCUCCAAGAUCAUCAUACUGGACGACACAACUUUGAAGCUACAGAUCUGGGACACGGGCGGACAGGAGCGGUUCCGCUCCAUGGUGUCCACGUUCUACAAAGGCUCCGAUGGCUGCAUCCUGGCUUUUGAUGUCACUGAUCUGGAGUCCUUUGAAGCUCUGGACACCUGGCGGGGUGAUGUUCUGGCCAAAAUCAUUCCAGUGGAGCAGUCCUAUCCCAUGGUGGUGCUGGGGAACAAGAUUGAUCUGGCAGACCGGCAGGUAUCACAGGCCGUAGCCCAAGGCUGGUGUAAAGAGAAGAAUAUUCCCUACUUUGAAGUCAGUGCCAAGAAUGACAUCAACGUGGUACAAGCCUUUGAGACGCUGGCCAGUCGAGCUCUGUCAAGGUAUCGGAACAUCCUGGAGAAUUACCUCACAGAUUCCAUCAAGCUCUCACCAGAAGACCAGUCCAGGAGCACAUGCUGCUGAUCUUCUGGACUCCCUCUCAGGGCAGCCAGAGACACAGCUGCCUGGGCCUGCUCCUCCCGGGCUCCCGCCGGCCCCACCUCCGGCCCAGGCUUGGCCAGCCCAGGCGCCAUGGGGGAGCCCUGAUGCCCUUGGGUCCCACUGAGUCCAGAAUCAGAGGGCAGCCCCUCCUGUGGGCUGAGUUCAGUGAGCCUGGGGCUGGGUCCUCAGGGUCCUGAUGAAACUCAGAACGUCACAGUUAAAUUCCGGCCUGGAGCAGGCACAGUCCCCUCGCUGGCCGCUUUCCUGCCACAUGGCCUCCCCAAGCCCACUCCGGCUCCAGAAUGCGCAUCUCUGCAGACAGACAGGCCCCUGCCCCUGCAGCGCAGUGCACCAGCCUUCCUGGCCCGUGCCGCCACCGCCCCACACCCGCGGAGCCCCGGCCCAGCCUCCCUUGGUAAUUGGGGCCAGGAAUGAGGGUCUGGCCCAGGAACAGCCUUCUGCCCUCCAGAGCAAGCACUUGGGAGCCCAGGAAAAGCCACCAGGGCCUGGCUAUGUCCUCCUCGCUCAGGCCACGCCCAUAAAUCUAACAAAUGGGGUGGCAUAUGUCCUGCCUACGUCAGAGUGUAAUUUUGAAGACCAGAAGCUCUGCAUAAAUCUCAGUUAUUCUUGUUGAUAUGCAUUUAUUUAUUCCUUUAACAAGUGUUUUCGAGUACUACUAUAUAUGAGGUACAGAGGUCCAGUGACAAAUGAAACAGACAAGGACCCUGUUUCCCUGGACCCUGCAUCAUGUUGAGGGAGAGAAGCAACAGACACAGAAUUUACAUGAAUAUUUUCAAAUAGCAAGAGAGUGCUUGAACAAAGUGAAACAAGACUGGGCAGGGGCUGGGUUUGGGUGCUGGAGGUAACAUCUGGCCUGAGGGCUAGAGAAUGAGCAAGGAGCUACCACCUCAGAACUGCAAAAGAACGUUCCAGGGAGAGAGAGUAGAAGGGCCAAGGCCCCAAGGCAAGGCAAGGAUAAGCUUCCUGUGUUCCAGGAAGAGUGAAAGGACAUUCACUUACCUGAGCACUCAAAGCUGCUUGCCCCUGUGACAGCGAAGGGGAAGGUCCCCUCCCUGAUGGCUCCUUGAGCCUCUGCUGACUGGCCACCAGAGGGCAGCAGUGCUCUUCUCGUUCAGGCUAAGUGGACCAUGGGUGCUCAGAGGACCCUAGAAGAGCUAGCUACCUCUGGGUAGGUUAGCGCUUCAAACUGUGUGGGGGAGGAGAAUCACAAUCUCUUAAACUUAGUAAGAAAUGAGCAGAAACUGUAACUCCGGUGGUUCAAACAAGAAAUCCACAUCUGUGACAAACACUAGAAUGAGGGGCCUGGAGAACUCAUGGAUUCUCUGUCCCUAGAAACUCUAAAGCCAUAAUCUUCUGGGUACAGACAGCAUAGACAGAGCUCAUUCUGGGGUGGGGAGUAGACAAGAUGACCUUCCCCUGGCCAUGGAAGUCUCCUUCCUGAGCUCCAGGCGGGCUAGAGAUGUUAGUGUAUGGUUUCUGGGUGUCACCUGAGUCUGAAGGUACAGACUACAGACCUAGAGGUAGCGGAGAGGGAGGGGCACGAUCAGGGAGGCAAGGGGGAGCCCCUUCUCCCCUUCCCAACUGUGGAGUAAAAACUGGCUUGUCCUGGGCAGCAGUGUGGGCCUGGCAGGGGAGCGGGCGGCCAGGAGCACAGCCCCGUCUCUGCGUCUUCAUGGCUGGCGUUCUGCACGUCACUCAGCUCUGCCUGGGGUCGGCGGGACUGUGGGUCAGGCGGGUGGAGUGUGCACUGCGGUGGACCUGGGACCGUUUCUAAGUAUGUACAAUAAAUAAUACAUGUGCCCUUUGUUUUUA